UUCAAAAUCUACACGGUAUGCAAGAUAAAUAAAAAUAGUGACUAUUCCUUGUUUAUAUUUAGCAAAUUUUCAAACCACUGGAUGAUUGGAUAGUGACUAGUUAUAGAUACACCAGACGUAUGAGACUGACUUGAAAGUAGGAAAGCAGACUGGCCGGCAGACACAUUUGAUUGGCAUAGACUAACGAUGUAUGUAAACAAACAAACUCUGCAACGAACUAAUGCACUUUGACUAGCGCGUGCUCUGACUUACAGCCCAGGUAAAGGUAACAUGCUGAAGACUGUCAUUCGUCGUCUUGUCAACACAACUGUUGCCCGUCACCUGCCAUGUCUACAGCUGACAUCACUGUCAUCUCGGCAGUUAGGAUCAAGGAUGUCACACGGCGUGGUCACAUCAACAGUACAAAAAAAUGCCAGAGAAUCCAGAUACAUCAGACAUCAAGAUUCCUCCCUUUCAAUACUUCUGGCAGCCAGGUUCUGGCUACUAUGAAGAAAGUCUCGGAAGACUGUCAAAACCAAUCACUGACAUCUGUGAAGAUUUUAUUUUAUCUCUCAUAGAUUCUGUGCCGGUGCCAUCACCAAAAGGUGUGUUCACCAUUGGUGACUAUGGAACAUGCGAUGGGUCGGUGUCUCUACAACUCAUCCACAAGAUCAUUGGCAAGUACAAGGACCAGCAGUCUUGGGCAUACCACUUAAGAAACAAACAUGGACCAGACCUCAAGAUUCAGGUGUUGUACGAAGACCGUCCAUCCAGCGACUACAACAGCCUCUUCAAAACAAUUUACGGUGAAACAUCAUACAUGACCAAGUUCAACAAUGUGUUCCCCAUGGUCUGUGGCACUAACUUCUACAAGCAGUGUGUACCUGACAACACCUGUGAUGUCAUUGUCUCCUUCAUGGCCGUGCAGUAUUUGAGUAACGAGAGUUAUGUCAGAUGCUCCAACACAAUGUUCCCCUGGCGGUCGACAUCAGAGGAAGAGCUGCGAGCUCAUCACGAGGCCUCAUCACGUGACUGGCAGACGUUCCUCCUCCACAGAGCAGCAGAACUCAAACAGGGCGGACUUCUUUUCGUUACGCUGCCAACUACAAACCUGCGGAAUAAUACCUCGAACUCUCGUACUACCAACAUUUCAAUGGCGGACAAUACCAGCCACACUCUAGAAUGUCUGAAGGAUGUUUGGACUAAUUUUGAUUUGGCAUGGAACGAACUGCACGUAGAGGGCAUAAUAACAACAGAGGAGUUCCAGUCAUGCACUGUCCCCAUAGCCCUGCGGUCUGUUCAGGAACUAAAAGCUCCUUUCGAGGAUGGAGCCAUGUCUCCAGUCCGACAGGCUGGUCUCAACUUGUUAAAGGGUCCAGAAGACUUUUGUACUCCUUGUGUUAUGAAGACAUCGUGGCGAGAAAAACUACAGACGGAUGGGGUAGACGACAGAAGGCUGUUCUCGCGACUUCUCGUCAAAGCAAUGCGAUUGGCCAUAGACCCGACUCUAAGAAACACCUUGAAGAAAACACGCACUGCUGAAGAAGAAUCGUUCAUAUCCGAGAAAUUCUACGAAUGUUUUGUUAAACAUGUGGCUUCGUCUGACCCAGAGACUUUCCAAAGCGAACUCUUUCUGAGGCGGCUUGCCAUACAGAAAUUAAAAUAAGCAACGGUUAAUUGUAGAACACAGGGUGGAACACCUCAGAACAGAGGCAAAUCAUCACCAUUGCUUAUGGAAACAUUUUCCAGUUAUUUAAAUAAUCAGUCAACACUGAAACUGAAAUGUUUAUAGGUAGUUACAUUACUUUUCAUCAUUAUUUCUUAUAUUUACAUCUUCUAUCUUAUUUUUAAAGUGACUAAUAUUCGCACUAACGGACUUCAGAAAACAUGUUUACAUAAAAAUCAUUUUAUUAAGGCUUUGGUUUAUAAUAGAUAAUAAAGAGAGCAAAUCAAAUUUUAUGUUAACAAUACAUUUCAAUUUUUUAUGAAUAAUAUCUAUUGCAAAUGUAAUUAUAUAAGGAGCGAUUCGAUGAAUUUCAUAAGGUCAUUUAUAUGUUAUAUAUAAAUCAACUUAUCAUGUUUAUAUAUCAGAUUUUAAAUAUUGUAACUGCUCAAAUAUAU